AAGAAAAAAAAAAAAAGCAGAAAUUAGUUCCAUAGAAGGAGGAGCUUAUAUAUGUCAUAAUGUCAGCAGAAGGGGCAAAACAUUUUGCAGCAGUUUUAUUUCUUCGUCAAAGAAAUCAAUAAUGUCCAGUCCAACCGCGUUUUAACCUGGAAUUUCUACUUGUAAAGAAGGACCACAGUUGAACGGUGCUCCUUUGUUAUUAUCCGACCAAAGGACCCACAGUUGAAAGAAGCUCCUGAAGACAUGUGCAAACAGAAAUGAGUCUUCUUAAUAGCUUCCAUGAUUUUGUAUUGUGGCAGAUAUUACAACUGGACUGUCCAAUCCUAUAAACCAGAAGCCGCCUUCCCCUACAUUCUGUUUUGUGUCAGAAAUGGCAGAAACUGUUGUCUCUUUUGUGUCAGAUCAUCUCGCAACCUUACUCCGAGAGGAGGGAAGCCUAUUGGGAGGGCUUCGACAGGAGGUCCAACUCAUCAGGGAUGAGUUGGGGCAUAUGAAAGCUUUCCUCAAAGUGGCUGAAGCAAAAGAAGAAGAAGAUCCCAGGCUCCAAGAAUGGAUCAAGCAAGUGCGCGAAGCUGCUUAUGACAUUGAAGAUGUUCUCGAUGAAUUUGUACUUCGCUUUGCUGGCUACCGACAUCAUGGAUUCUGUGGCUCUCUGCAGAGAAUUCUCAAAGCCAUUAAGAGCUUGCGAGCUCGUCAUCAGGUUGCCAGUGAAAUUCAAAGCAUAAAGUCCAGGAUCAAAAAUAUUUCAGAAGGACGUCAGAGAUACCAAGUUGAAUUUGGGAUCAAUGACCGUGUCACUGGAUCUUCAACCAUGAACGACUCAUGGCGCUAUAGCAGAGAUGACGCACUUCUAGUGGAGGAAGCAAAAUUGGUUGGCAUUGACCAGCCCAAACAACAUCUGAUUUCAAAGCUUCUCGAGGGGCACGAUCACCAACUCAAAGUUGUUUCAGUGGUUGGAAUGGGAGGACUCGGCAAAACUACCCUAGUCAAAAAGGUCCAUGAAGAUCCAGAUGUUAGAAAGAAUUUCCCAGUUCGUGCCUGGGUAACCGUCUCUCAAACAUGCGACUUUCCAAAGCUCCUGAGAGACUUGAUUUGGCAGUUGCACAAGGAAUUGAACAAAUCAGUCCCACAAUUCAUCGAAUCUAUAUCUACCGCUGAGCUGAAAGAAUUUGUCAAAGAUUUUCUUCAACAAGUUGGAAGGUAUGCAAUUGUCUUCGAUGACGUGUGGGACGUGGAAUUUUGGAAUGAAAUCAAAUUUGCACUGCCUGAGGGUAACUACGGCAAUCGUGUAAUGCUGACAACACGAAAAGCCGAUGUAGCCUUUGCCUCUUGCACAGAAUCUCAGGAUUUUGUCUACAAAAUGGAGCCACUAUCAAUUGAAGAUUCGUGGACCCUAUUUUGUAACAAGAUCUUUAAAGGAAAUCGUUGCCCCACCCACCUGAUGGAUGUUGCAAAAGCUGUAUUGGAUAAAUGUGACGGUUUGCCUUUGGCGAUUGUUACGAUUGGUGGGCUCUUGGCUUCGAAGGACGCGAGCAGAAUAGAUGAAUGGGAGAAGAUUCAACAGAGUCUUGGGGGUGAAUUCACCGGUAAGCUAGAGAGAGUUAAAAGGAUACUUUCUCUGAGUUACAAUGAUCUGCCUUCGCACCUCAAACCCUGUCUGUUGUAUUUAACCAUUUAUCCGGAGGAUUAUCCAAUAAACUGCCAUAUGCUGAUUCAAUUAUGGAUUGCUGAAAGAUUUGUAGAAUGGAGAGAAGGAAUGAGUAUUGAAGAUGUAGCCUGGGGUUAUCUCAGAGAACUCAUCAGCAGAAGCCUAAUUCAAGCAACUAAAGUGUUUUAUGAAGGAACGCCCCACACGUGUCGAAUCCAUGACCUAUUGAGAGAAGUUAUUCUCAUCAAGUCAAGGGAACAAAACAUGGUGACAGUUACUACUGGACAACCAAUGACGUGGCCAUCUGAGAAGGUACGCCGUCUAGCAAUCCAUAGUAGUAGUAACAGUAGCAACAUCCAAUACCACCAACAAAGACAAUUUUAUUCCUUUGAACACCUUCGAUCAUUCAUCACAGUUAGUUCCACCAACCCAUUACUAUCCAAAACUUUCCUAUCUGAAGUUCUAAGGAGUAGCAAGUUGCUAAAGGUUCUAGAUUUGACUAAUGAAGAGAUAGAGGCAACACCAAAUGAGAUUUUCAACUUGUUGCAUCUCACAUAUCUGAGUCUAUAUGGUACAAAAGUGGAAAGAGUCCCGAGAGCUAUUGGAAAGCUUCUACAUUUGGAAUAUCUGAAUUUGGGGUACACUGGAGUUAGGGAAUUACCCGUGGAAAUCCUAAAGCUGCAAAAGCUUCGACAUCUCUUUGUAUUCCAUCCAGUUGAUCCCUCAAAUGAUGAUUAUGGAUUUCAUGGGUUUAAAGGUCCGUCAAAAUUGGGAGGGCUUCUGGCUCUACAAAUAUUAAACACCAUAGAUGCAAGUAGUGGGUCUGUAAUAGUUAAAGAGAUAGGAAAAUUGACCCAAUUAAGAGAGUUAGCUAUUACACAGUUGAGAAGAGAAGAUGGAAAGGAGCUCUGCUCCUCCCUUGUCAACCUCACCAGUCUUCGGGAAUUAAGUGUUGAUUCAGUUGGAAAAGGUGAUGAUUAUGAGAUAAUCGAUCUAAAUCAUCAUCAACAUUCUCUUUCUUCUUCUCGUUCGUUUCUUCGAUCUCUUCGUGUGCUAAUUAUGCGUGGCCGCUUAGAAACAAUGCCACGAUGGGUAGCUCAUCUUCAAAACUUGGUAAGCUUAGAUUUGAUCUGGAGCGGGUUAAGGGCUGAGGAGGAUCCGCUUGAAUCCCUCCAACAUUUGCCCAAUUUGGAUGACAUUAGUUUCAUUGGAUCUUACCAGGGAGAAGGGCUGUGUUUCAAGGCUGGAGGGUUCCUGAAAUUGAAGAGGUUGCACUUAAAGAGAAUGGAAGGGUUGAGAUGGAUGAGAGUGGAGGAGGGUGCAUUGCCUCGUCUCCAGAAACUAUUUCUGCAACAACUUCCAUCACUAAAGGAAUUACCAUUGGGUAUUCAGCACUUGAGCAAUCUUCAACGGCUGAUUUUGUCUGAGAUGAGUUCUCAAUUGAGAGAGAAACUGUUGGAGGAUCAGAAGGAAGAAAGUGAAGAUUACACAAGAAUCGCACAUAUUCCUGAAAUUUUCAUUGGUUACUGUACAGAUGAUAGGAAAUGGAGAAUCCUCCGGCUAUGGGGGAAGAAGAAGAAAACAUUCCUUGCCUAGCACUAGUAGCAUCCCGUGGCUUUCCUUUCUCUUCUUCUUCUAUUUUUCUGAGAAGUUUCUGAUGUUUUCUAUCUUCUCCACUGCGUGUAGUAUGGUGCAUUGCAUCAUCAUCUUGUUCAUAUGCUGCAUUUUGUUAAUGUAUUUUUUUAACUGUUUUUCUUUAAUUUUAACUUCAGCAAA